AUGAUUGACCACUGCAUCAUCAACUGGAUCCAAACCACCGUCACCAAGAAUAUCUUCGACAUCAUCCACAAGCCACGUGCCUUGGCCUUCACCAUCUGGAACGACAUCGAGGGUCUGUUCCGCGACAACGAGCUGCAACGCGCUAUCUACAUUGAAGCUGAAUUCCGCAGCAUCAACCAAGGUGAUAUGAACGUCGCCCAGUACACCAGCCGCCUGAAGCAACUCGCCGACAAGCUCCGCGAAGUCGGCCAACCAGUGUCCGAGCCAAGCCAAGUCCUCAACCUCCUGCGCGGGCUUCACCCCAAGUACCGCCACGUCAAGCCGGUGAUCACCUCCAAAUUCCUGCCUCGUACAUUCAUGAGCGCGAGAUCGUACCUGCUCUUGGAGGAGAUCCGGCUGAACCAUGACAACAAGGUUGAAUCCAGCCACGCCCUCUACGCCAGACAUGGCGGCUCCACCACCACCUCUGAUGCCUCCUCCCCGCGCUCCAAGGGCAAGAACAAGAAGCGUGGCCGCGGUGCGGGCACCACCGGCGGCGGCUCUACACCGACUACCGGCGACGGCUUCCAGCAGCGCGAGGAUGACGAGUCCUUGACCGACGGUGAGGAUCUCGUGCCACUCCUUGGUGACGAGCUUGAAGAAGAUGACGAAGAUGAUGCAUCUUGGGGAGAAGAACUCUCCUCUUCGGAAGAAAGAGCUGAUUCUUCUUCAACCGAGGAGGAUUCGGCAACAGGAAACUUCCUCCUUGACGAAUCAUCAGAAGAUGACGACAAGGAUGAUGAAGAAACCGAAGACGACGACAGCUUCACCAACAGCAGCAGUGGAGACGAUGAUAGCGAUGAGAAGAGCAGCAGCGAUAGCAGUGACGCUAGCGAAGUUUCGCCAGCCAAGCGCCGCAAGACCUCCGGUGUUUAUUGGUGGUGA